AUGGGCUGUACUCAUAGCAAAAACUCAAAAUCGAAAUCGGCGGUGGCGAAGAGUGAGCAACCGUUGGAACGGACACUUCACGGCAGUCGAAUCGCUCAUUUUGAUGAAUCCCGCGCCACAACUGAGUCGACAAGUCAGGAAUCUGAAGACGUUGCGCCACAAAAGAAUCAGUUUUCAAAGUCGCUUCUCAAUGAAACCAGAGAGUCGACGGCGGUUGUUCCGGAUAAAAGUGCCAAAAAAGUGACGGAUGCCAAAUCCCACCAAACAACCGGUGCAAGCACAGAUCAACACAACUUGCCACCUCAGAAUUCUACUCAAAAUAAACCCCACACCUCCGAAACGCCCAUUGAGCCGGUGGAAUCAGUGCAGCACACGGCGGUCCCACCGACACAAAAACAGUACGCCGCCUCCACGUACUAUCCGAUGCCGAUAGUCGGUGAGAAGCAGAAAUCACCGGAAAAAAAGAAACAAGUAAUGAAGACAAUGGCUGGAAAUGAGGAGAAAAAGAAGAAAAAAGAGGAGAAGACACGAGAGAAAUCAGCAAUGAUUGGAGGACCAAACUAUCGUCCUCAAUUGACUCCCGACGAUUUGGAGUAUAUCAGACGAUCGGUUCAGCAGAGAAAUGAGAGGUAA